AUGAUCUUAUACAUUCAGAUCAUACAGAUAGUACUGAUCCUUGCUUUAGUGUACUUAUCAAGAUGCUCUCAAGUGAUAGACUCCAGGUCACAGAAUGCGUUGUACGUGGCGAACUAUUGUCCAGCCAUGAAACACUGUCUAGAAGGCACCCAUGUCAUGUGCAUGUAUUAUAACCCUGAGCAAACAAUGGGCCCACUAUGUAGAAACUACGUGACGGUCACAAUCACUCCACAAAUGGUUCACCAGAUACUUAAAGAAGUUAACGACAUAAGAAUGAGGGUUGCCUCCGGUAAGGAGACUGGGAAAGAUGGACAUCCCCUACCAAGGGCAUAUGGAAUGAUGAAAUUGUUCUGGGACAGUGAACUUGCGACAUUGGCACAAGUGCUAGCUGAUCAGUGUAUGGGACUGAAAGAGGAUGAAUGCAGAGCUACUGACACAUUCCCCAAUCCAAGUCAAAUAAUAACCCUGAUUAACUUCAAAGUGCCAAAUUGGGACUAUUUAAGCCGCAAUACGACAGUUCGAGGGUUAAAUAAGGAGAAGAUCAGCUUUGCCAUAGAGAAAGCCAUGAGGUCUUUACACGCAGUGAAGAGACUGGUCACUCCUAACACUGUUUAUGAUGGUCCUGUUUUGGAAUUAAUUCCAGAUAUGGGAUCCAGGAGUUACUUAAAGCUAAUCCGUGGCAAAGCAACUCACAUUGGAUGCGGUAUAUCGGCGUACAGAAGGUUCCAAAUGUUAGCUAAUGGCGCACAAAAUAUUUACAAUAGCAUCCAAUUAGUUUGCAACAUAUCUGACGAGCCUCAGAAGUCGCAACCUCUUUACACCACAGACCCUCCGAUACCAGGAACAGGUUUUACGGAAUCCUGCGGCUGCCCUCAAGGGUACAGGGAGACUACUGGCUGCCUCUGUGAAAGAAAUCCACGCAUGUACAUCAGCAAGACAAAAGUUAUGCGUGAACAAAAACAGAAAUAUGAACGUCCAGAAAUUAAAGAAGUGCAGACGACGCCAUCUGAUGGUCCAAUGAGUGGUCUGAUGGGAUCAUUUUCAGAAGGAAAACCUAAAGUUGCGAUAUUACCAAUUUUCGAAAUACAAGAUGUACCUCCUAACUCUUAUGAAGCAGAGAAUGAUAUCGAAUAUCAAUUCCACAAAAGCUUUGGAAACAGAAGUUUCUUCCCAGAAGAGCAUUCAGUAGAAGAGACGGACAUUUCAGAUGAAAUUGCCUAUAAAGAGAUUACAAACGAUAUGAUGAAACCUCAUAAAGUUAUGCGCGCAAAUGAUAUUCAUAAUAUGCCAAAUAAGAUCCACAAAAAAGAAUUUGAAUUACAUGACGUUGUGAUUAGUGAAGAAUUAAAGCCAGAAAAAUAUGAGAUGUACAGCAGUGGGGAACAUAAUACUGAUCCUUAUGCAGGAAACGAAGAUGUAGUUGAUGAUAAAACAUUUCUUUCAAUCUUAGACCAUUUAGAAAAAGCAGUCCAAGACAUAGAACUCGAAGGUGACGCACGAGAAUUAUUCGACAUUAAAAUGAGGAAGAUAUACGAAUCUGGACUGAAAUUGAAAAAUCAAAAUGCGAAACACGAUGUAAAUUUAGAUAAAUUAAGCCCAAUAGAAAGAGAAAACCACUUACAGGAGGUGAGAAAUUAUUUACAACAUAAAGUUAACUCUCAUAAUGGCUAUAGUCAUAUGCAAGAACGUCGUCAUUGGCCCAGAGAUGAAAAAAUAAACCAACAUACAGUUGAAGAAAAAGACGAAAUGAAUGUAAUAUAUGAUUACCCGGAACAAAAAGAAGUAGAAAGCGAUGAAAUCUAUACAGGAAUAGAUGAUAAACUGAUCGAUAUUUUGAACAACAAAAAACAUACUAAAACUCGAAAAUAUGAUUACUAUGAGAGAAAUUACGGUGACGAAGACCGUUACAAUGACAGGUUUGAUGAAAUUGAGGAUAAUACUCUCCCACCGCCUAGAAAACAAGAGAAGAUUAAUAGAUACGAAAAGAAAGAAGAGGAAAAUGGUAUUCCAGAUAAUGUAGCGCAUAAAAAGCAUGUCAAACCU